CUCCCUGGCAGCAGUGGGGCUUACAGAACUCAGGACCAACCAGGUCCAGGGCUGGAGGAGUGUGAGCCAAACCCCUUCUGCGCUGCAUCCCGUGUUCUCGCGUCCUCUCCGGGUUCUACUCUGCGCGACUCAGAGCAAAUUGGUUGUCGCCAUGGCAUUCGCAAGCUGGUGGUACAAGACGCAUGUCAGUGGAAAAACCAGUGGAUCGUCUUCCAAGUCAGGAGAACAGAAAGGAUCAGAUGAGAAAAAAGCAGCAAGCCUUGGGAGCAGUCAGCCCUCCAGAAUUCAGGCUGGUGGAACAGCCCCAGUCACCAAGGUAUCGCCUUCCUCUGCUUCAACGAGCAAGUCUUCCAGUAUGAAUCCCACAGAAACCAAGGCCAUUCCAGUCAGCAAACAGCUGGAAGGACCGCAUUCUCCCAACAAGAAAAGACACAAAAAACAGGCUGUAAAAACAGAACCUGAAAAGAAGUCACAAUCAACUAAGCCAUCUGUGGUUCAUGAGAAAAAAACCCAAGAAGUAAAGCCAAAGGAACACCCAGAGCCAAAAAGCCUACCCACGCACUCAGCAGAUGCAGGGAGCAAGCGUGCUCAUAAAGAAAAAGCAGUUUCCAGAUCUAAUGAGCAGCCAACAUCAGAGAAAUCAACAAAACCAAAGGCUAAACCACAGGACCCGACCCCCAGUGAUGGAAAGCUUUCUGUUACUGGUGUAUCUGCAGCAUCUGGCAAACCAGCUGAGACGAAAAAAGAUGAUAAAUCAUUAACAUCGUCUGUACCAGCUGAAUCCAAAUCAAGUAAACCAUCAGGAAAGUCAGAUAUGGAUGCUGCUUUGGAUGACUUAAUAGACACUUUAGGAGGACCUGAAGAAACUGAGGAAGAUAAUACAACAUAUACUGGACCUGAAGUUUUGGAUCCAAUGAGUUCUACCUAUAUAGAGGAAUUGGGUAAAAGAGAAGUCACACUUCCUCCAAAAUAUAGGGAAUUGUUGGAUAAAAAAGAAGGGAUCCCAGUGCCUCCUCCAGACACUUCGAAACCCCUGGGGCCCGAUGAUGCCAUUGAUGCCUUGUCAUUAGACUUGACCUGCAGUUCUCCUACAGCUGAUGGGAAGAAAACCGAGAAAGAGAAAUCUACUGGAGAGGUUUUGAAAGCUCAGUCUGUUGGGGUAAUCAAAAGCGCUGCUGCUCCACCCCACGAGAAAAAAAGAAGGGUGGAAGAGGACACGAUGAGUGAUCAAGCACUGGAGGCUUUGUCAGCUUCCCUGGGCAGCCGGAAGUCAGAACCCGAGCUUGACCUCAGCUCCAUUAAGGAAAUUGAUGAGGCAAAAGCCAAAGAAGAGAAACUAAAGAAGUGUGGUGAAGAUGACGAAACGGUCCCGCCAGAGUAUAGAUUGAAACCAGCCAUGGAUAAAGAUGGAAAACCACUCUUGCCAGAGGCUGAAGAAAAACCCAAGCCCCUGAGUGAAUCAGAACUCAUUGAUGAACUUUCGGAAGAUUUUGACCAGUCUAAGCGUAAAGAAAAACAAUCUAAGCCAACUGAAAAAACGAAAGAGUCUCAGGCCACUGCCCCUACUCCUGUGGGAGAGGCCGUGUCUCGGACCUCCUUGUGCUGUGUGCAGUCGGCACCCCCAAAGCCAGCUACGGGCAUGGUGCCAGAUGAUGCUGUAGAAGCCUUGGCUGGAAGCCUGGGGAAAAAGGAAGCAGAUCCAGAAGAUGGAAAGCCUGUGGAGGAUAAAGUCAAGGAGAAAGCCAAAGAAGAGGAUCGUGAAAAACUUGGUGAAAAGGAAGAAACGAUUCCUCCUGAUUAUAGAUUAGAAGAGGUCAAGGACAAAGAUGGAAAAACUCUCCCGCACAAAGACCCCAAGGAACCAGUCCUGCCCUUGAGUGAAGACUUCGUCCUUGAUGCUUUGUCCCAGGACUUUGCCGGUCCCCCAGCCGCUUCAUCUCUUUUUGAAGAUGCUAAACUUUCAGCUGCCGUCUCUGAAGUGGUUUCCCAAACCUCAGCUCCAACCACCCACUCUGCAGGUCCACCCCCUGACACUGUGCAGAGUGAUGACAAAAAACUUGACGAUGCCCUGGAUCAGCUUUCUGACAGUCUGGGGCAAAGACAGCCUGACCCAGAUGAGAACAAGCCCAUAGAGGAUAAAGUCAAGGAAAAAGCUGAAGCUGAACAUAGAGACAAGCUGGGAGAAAGAGAUGACACUAUCCCGCCUGAAUAUAGACAUCUCUUGGAUAAGGAUGAGGAGGGCAAAUCAACGAAGCCACCCACAAAGAAACCUGAGGCACCAAAGAAACCUGAAGCUGCCCAAGAUCCCAUUGAUGCCCUCUCAGGGGAUUUUGACAGAUGUCCAUCAACUACAGAAACCUCAGAGAACACAACAAAGGACAAAGACAAGAAGACGGCUUCCAAGUCCAAAGCACCCAAGAAUGGGGGUAAAGCAAAGGAUUCCACAAAGGCAAAGGAGGAAACUUCCAAACAAAAAUCUGAUGGAAAGAGUACAAGUUAAAAGUUCACACUAUUUGGUAUCUGCAUAGACAAUCUUCAGCUGGUAGAUGGUGACUUUUUGAAGAACAAAAGGCUUGGACAACAAAAUUUUUCUGGGUGGCUUCUAGUGGUAUUUGUUGAGUCUUUUGACAUCCUCAACAUUGUUUGUUAUUCUUUUCCUGGAAAGAAACUGAAUUUGUCUGGUUCAUCUGUGUCAUUAUACUGAGUAGUGAUAAAUGUUGAAUUUUUAAAAAUUGCUUUCAGUUGGGAGAGAAAGGAACUUUAUAUUUCUAAGAGCUAUAUUUGAUAGUUUCUUAAAGCAGCACACACAAAAGGAAAAACCUUUGCAAACUUUUGCACAUUCUACCCAUAGUGCCUGAAAAUCUCAUUUGUAUUUUCAGUCUGCACUUAAUUUUGUUGUUGUUAUCAUUUGGAAAACAAUGCUUUACAUAUUCUUCAGUGUUCUGACUUCUCAUUACCCCUUUCCUCUUGAGCUUUUGAAACUAUAUUUGAUGUUUCUUUGGUUAAUGUGGCUAAGUCAAACAAAAUACUGUACAUCGGGCACUUAUCUCCUCUUGAGCUGCUAAUAAUAGAUGACCUGGACAGAUGAAGAAGCACCACAUCUCUUUUCAGGCUGAACUCUUCUUUACCAGCGGCUAGGACUUCAGUAUCUGACACCCAGCACAGGCCUGCUGAGGAUAACUGAUUCAAGUCAGAAGAGUGAAAUGCAGACCGUCACUGCAUAGCAACUUCCAAGAAUAACAAAAUCUCAUUCUUAAAAUACUCACAUGACUUGAACUCUGGUUUACUGCAUUAAGCUCUGCUUUCCAUCCUCUCUACAUAAAGCUAAGCAGCACUUGUUUUCUUAGAGCCAUUGCCACAUUAGUCUCUGCACUGUACAGCACUGGCUUCAUGGAAGUUGGGUUUACCAAAUACAAAAACAAACUUCUACAUUAAAACACACAAACAAAAAGACCUAACAUUUAAAAAAAUCUGCUUUUUACCCCAUAGCAACUUGAGAACUAGGGUCUGAUAUCCUACAAUUUUUUUUUCUCAAUAUCAUUGAUGAAAUUAAAUAUUUAUCAAAAUCCCAUUUUUAUAUCUUGGUACUUAAAGCAGAAAAAGAUAUCAGGUACACAUCCUAAAACUGAUUUGGAGUUUCUUGUUUCAGAGAAGACAGCCUUCCUUAGUAUCUGUUUAAACUAUGUAUUAGAACUUAGUUGACUUCACUAAAAAUAAGUAACAUCACCAAUACUGUCUAAUUGGAGGUGGGGGGCAAGCAAAAAUAACGUAUUGCUUAUAAUGGGCAUCUGAUUUUGUUAAUACUCUCUAAAAAUUCUCUUUAAAAAUCAUGUGUUUGGAGUUCCUUUUGUGGCUCAGAAGGUUACGAACCUGACUAGUAUCUAUGAGGAUGCGGUUCAAUCUCUGGCCUUGCUCAGUGGGUUCAGGAUCCGGCGUUGCCAUGAGCUGUGGUGUAGGUCACAGGCGUGGCUCAGAUCUGAUGUUGUGGUGGCUGUGGCUGUGGCGUAAGCUGGCAGCUGCAGCUCCAAUUUGACCCCCAGCCUUCGAAUUUCAAUAUGCCGUGGGAGUGGCCCUAAAAAGACAAAAAUAAUAAUAAAAUAAAAAUCAUGUGUUAUACCAAUGGGAUUUCUCACUCACUUUAGAUGUCUCUGUCCUAUCAGAGAUGCAGACAUUAUUCUAAAUCUGGGAAAUAUAAGGCAGGAUGAUGGUAACUAAACAGACCUUUUCAAGGCACUACCAAGAAAAUAAACACUUUUCCUGAGGGAUUUUAACUAUGUGUCUAAUUCUUCCAUUUGAGAAGUAAAAGUUGUUUUUUAAAAAAAGUAAAACCUUUGACAUUGACAGAUGUAUUAAACAAGGAUGUGGCUGCAGUAUUACUCAUUUCCAUGAAUAUAUACAAGUAUUUUUAAAUUACGUACCAAAAUCAGACAUUUGAGAAAUGCCUACAGAAGUAAACAUUUAAGGUAUUUUGAAUAUGCCUGUUUAUUACAAAUGUCUUCAAGACUUGGGUAUUUGCUGGUAAUUAACGAUGAAUUGAGUAAGCUACAGGAUCUAAAUUAGUCCUUUUUCAUCCAUCUAAUUUGGAGGAAAUAAUUACAAAUAUGUGCUUUGAGGUAAAUAACAAUUUUUUUAUUGCCAAAAAGAGUUUUGCAAUUGUUGUGGCAAUACUGUGUCUAUUUAGAAAAAUGGCCUUCUUCAAAAGCAGAUGAAAAUAGGUUCCUCAGGU